CGAAUGACACGAAAAUCCACACCAAAAAAGAUACGUACCUAAGUAUUCUCGCUGGAUUUUGCGCGGUUUCUCGGGAUGACGUCGAUUGGCAUAGAACAAGCCUCUUAUCGUAACUCUUUUGAGUUAUCGGGCUGCAUAUUUGUGGGGAUCACCCGGUCGCUGAGCGACUUUUUGUAAACUAACAUUGCGAUGAGAUCCGAAGCUCCGGGCUGUUUUUUAGCGUUUCUAACCUUCUUUUUUACCUCCAACUCCACCACCUAACCGUCUUCUUUUUUUCCUUCUUCCCUUCUCUCCGUCGUCGCGUUUGUAUCGUUCGUCCAACGAUACUCCCAAUGUCGUCUUGAAUUUCGUUACGAUCUUGUAACGAAGCAAUCCGUUCGUAUUGCUUCAAAUACAACGAGAAUAACAAGAGACAAGAAAACCCCCGCGUGACCCGUUCUAUAACGGCCAAAACCGUCAAACCGCAACGAUGUCGUUCCACCUCAACUUACGCGCAUUGCCAAUAGGCGAUAAUUCGACCGAUACAAUUAUCAAUAACGUGCAUUUUAAUUUGACAACGUUGAACCAUUGGAAUUAUACCUACUAUCCUACCAAUUUCACACUUUCCAACGAUUCAUCAUGUGUGCUUAUGGACUCGCCUUACACUCCGACCUCCGUCCUAGCGAACGGCACGUUUCUUAACAGCACCUCGUGCUAUUCGGCAACGGGUGACAUCGGCAACCGAGCGCGAAUCGGAAUCGCAUUUGCCGUGGUUUUCGCACUGUCUCUGGUAUUCGUAUUGGUCAAUUUGAAGAAACAUGGUGAACUACAUCUUCCAGCCGAAAAGAGAUUCUAUCCGGUUGGUAGGAGAUGGCAAUGGUACUGGGCAAUUUUCGUCUGCGCCACUUCUCUCGUCGCCCUUUUUACUGGAAUCGACGUCGAUAGAUACCGCGUACCGGAACUUCCCAUUGUGCUAAACGUUUUCUUCUGGUUCCUCAUGCAAAUGGGUAUCAUGGCACUAGUCUGGGAGGGCGUACGGCAUUGGGGUAGUUGGAUGGAGCGCCAAUAUAUCGACCCGAACCCUUUCGUUCUUAAGCAGAACGACAAGCGAGGAAUGUUCGAAUUCUGGCUUCCAUUGUUCUUUUACUUUUGGCUAUGGAUGAACUUCUUCCUCAUUGUUCCACGAAAUUGGUCCCCGAUCGAACACCAGCGAUCUCCCGAACAAACAUUACAAGACGCAGUACCGGCUGCUACAGAUGGUCGGUUCAAGGCGGCAACAUUCUGUCUCUUCGUUUGCUGGUUGACAACUAUGGUAUCUCUUUGGCAUUCCAUCCGACACUACGAGCCGCGCAAUCGUGGUUUCUUUAACCGUGCGAUUGGAUUUUGGGGAUACAUGCCAUUCCGCUUCACGCUCAUGACCCCAUUGGCAUUGGCCGUCGUUGCGUACCAAGGUCUAUGCGCUUGGGACUUCAAUCUAUCACCUCUGAAAGUUGGCACUAAUCUACUAGCCAUGUAUCUUGGAGGUUACGCACCAACCCUUCUAAUCCUCAUUGUCCAGAUCCUCGGCGGUUUCACACGUCCUAAUGAAGACCGUGAAUUGAUUCGCCAGCGUCGGGAGCGAGGACAGGCUAUCGAUCAGGAACUUGGUUUGGUUCGCAAACCUGCUUGGUGGCGCAGAGUUAAUGGCGAUGUGUCCGCGGGCAACAUGCGAGACCGAAUCAUGCGAAAUGUUCGUGAAGUUGGCGGUGGACGUCCUACCGCAAGAGAAAUCGAGAGGCUUGCUGAGCGAAGAGCCCAAGAAGCCGAAACCGCAGCUGAGAACCGAAAUAACACGAUAGAAAUGAACGAGAUGCGUCGCACAAAUAGUGUCCACAGUAGCAUUCGUGGUGCAGCUGCCCCACCUCCGUACUCGCCUCAUGGAGGCAAGUCAGAUCGAAGAAGGUCAGAACGCACAGUGCAAGUGGCCGCCAGCCUGCUAUUCCCAAAUGCCAAUGCCGAAGCAAAUGCAGAUACUUCCGCGGGCAGAGGCAGAGGUCUUGAGGUCACUAGUGAUCCACCUCGACGUCCGGGCACAAGCGAAAGAAGCUCGAGCACAGCUAGUGGCUUGUCUACGAGCGGACCCCCGCAACAGAUCAGGAGCAUGUUGGAUGUAUAAGUCUAGAAGAAGUAUCGGAAUUGGGAAGCAUGGCACGGUCGGUCGGUCGGUUCGGUCUUUACU